AUCUCCCUGGCAACAAGUGGUGAAAGGAUGAUUGAUAGUUUAUUCAGCCAUUCACAGAGCUCAACAGCGGCGACGACACAUGACUCUAGCAAAUGCCAGCCAAUAAAAAAUGCAAUGAGGGUGGGGCUUCAAGAAAAGCUACUAUUGGAACUCAAGGCGUGCUACGCUGUGCUAGCCUUGUAAGCUAUCUUCUGCUAACAAUCGUGAGCAUCCAACUACUUUGAAAAGAGGGUGUGUGCUAGCCUGGAGCGUACAGAGAGAGGUAGAGAUGCUGCACCUGUGCAUGCUCACCUGAGGAGAAGAAGAAUAAAAACCACAGAGAGAGGAGUCAGAGAAUCUGAAGGCAUGAUGGGGCAGUUUCACAUCUGAGCAAAUCUCCCUGAACCAACUCGCCAUCCACAAGGUCAGUCCUGCAGUCUCUGUUGGUGCCAUGGCUGAGCAAAGCUGGUGGAAGCUGACCUUCUCACGCAAGAAGAAAUCUGAAUCUAAGGUCCUUUAUGAGAUCCCAGCUGAGCAUAGCAGUAACACCGGCAACAAAGCACACUCGAGCAACAAUCCUCCUCCAGACCAUAUGGACAGCCAGUUCAAUGCCAGACUGGAGAAGAUAGUAGAUAAAUCUGCCACAAAGGGCCGCCACGUCAAGGUCUCCCACUCUGGUCGCUUCAAGGAGAAGAAGAAGGUCCGUGCUACGCUGGCUGAGAACCCCAAUCUGUUUCCAGACAACCUCAGUGAUGAGAACAAUAAAAAAAAGACAGAAAAAUAGCACACAUGCUCCCACAAACACAUCAGAAUGCACAUACUUGAUCACAAAUGUGUCAUAUAUCAGUGUCACACUAAUUGAGGCUUUGGCAAAGGCUAAAACUGAGCACGUUGCAGUACAUGUGCAAAGUGGAUAAACUGCCGUCACCACGCGCCACACCCAGGUAGAUACUGUAACCAGUGGACACCAGCGCAAACACCUGGUGACAGCAGACAACCGCUAGGUAUUCACAGAGUCUAAAGUACUGGAGAAACAUUUCUUUGGCUUUACGCUUUUGUGCUCACACUGGUAUAUACUGUACACCGAGGAGGCAGUUUAUUAGGUACACCUAGGUGAAACAAAAUGAGUUUGUUCAAACUGUUUCAGAGACUGAACUGUGUGAUCAUUUCAGAGGCUUGUUCUGCUUUUGAAAUGUACUGCAUUAACCAGAGAGCUGUUUCUACUUAGAAUAAUAGUUUUAGCAAGGUGUACCUAACAAACUGACAAGACUAUAUUCAAAAAUGAUCACUGACAUGAAGGAAAAGUCAAGAAACUAGCCUCAUGCAUCUUCAUCCUCAUGACAGAAAAGUAACACUGCUGUAAUUUAAGUUUUUAUUUGUAUUGCUAUGGCUGCAGAGUUUAGAACUAGAGUUUUUACGUGGUACACAAUCAGUACAGUACAAGUCAAGAGGUACCUGUGCAGAGUGAAACCAAAGUACGUAAUGUUUUUAUGCCCAAAGCAAAUGAAGACUUGAUUUUGAUGACUGUGUCUGAAACACUGUGGACACUCCACAAUGUUUUCUAGAAUCUAAAAGAAGAAAACGUUUUUAAUAAAUGCAACAUGUGUUAAUAUAAAGGAGUGCUUUGUGUUUGUGCGGGAUUCUGCAGACCUGGGUAAUCUCACAAUUAACUGAACAUGUAGAUUGAUGAUUAGAGUGACUCAGUGCGCUACACUAAUUCAUCCUUCUUUUGCGUUACUGAGCCAGGUUUGUCAUUUCACCUGAGCCUACACUGUCAGGGUUUGCCGACAUGGGGAUAGUAAGCAGACCCUGACAUCUGACGCUGUGUGGCUUGCUUGCACAUGCUGUGGUGCAGCGUUUCUCAUGUCAGUUCACAGACAGAGCACAGGUGUUGU